CAGGUGGAACACUUCGUACUCUUUCGAUCCGCAAAGCAAUUUUACUCUCUUUCGAGCCAAGGCCCACCUUCGGCAACCCGAAGUUCGCAGUGAUGUCGGAGAAUCCCUUCGAAGCCAUACGCAAAGCCUGCGACUCCUUCGGCAAAUGCUUCCAAACCCACCUAUCUCGCAUCUUACCCGCCCGUUGCGAAGACCAUCUCGAUAAACCCUCCUCCGUUGCCGGGAACUCUAAAACUUCGUCAUUUUCCUUCUUCACUGCCUCAAAUCCAAAAGUUGUUAAUGACGCUGCUCUGCUUACUCCCGAUGUGGUCGCCCACCUCCCCUACACCAAUAUUGCUCUCGAAAAGAAGAUUACUGCAGCUCCACUGACCAAAGAGGAACUUGGGAGGGCUACUUGGACGCUUCUGCACACGGUUGCAGCCCAGUUUCCUGACAUUCCAACUAGACAACAAAAGCGGGAUGUAAAAGAACUGAUGGCCAUAUUGUCUCGAAUUUAUCCUUGCAAAGAAUGUGCAGAUCAUUUUAAGGAAGUACUGAAAUCAAAUCCUGUACAGGCAGGAUCACAAGCUGAGCUCUCCCAAUGGAUAUGCCAUGUACAUAACAUUGUAAACAGAAGUUUAGGAAAACAAAUAUUCCCAUGUCAAAGAGUAAAUGCAAGGUGGGGAAAACUGGAUUGUCUUGAUCGUUCUUGUGAUCUACAAGGCAGCACAAAUUUAAAUUUUCCUGUGUAAACCUCAUUUAUGCCUUUUCUAAAUCAUUUACUAAACAAAAAGGAAGAGAACGAAUACAAAUAUAUGUGAUUGAGACAUUCUCUAUUUACUGUCACUUUCUUCUCUCUUAUUAAUGAGUAACAUCUGUCUUAUUUAUUUCA